GUAUUAUCCGACCGAUCUUGUCUCAUAAUCAGGACAAUAUAUUGCAGGGCUUAAUAAUUUGUGAGAUCAGAGACAACUAUAGCACUUUCAUCAACAUGGGUGUUCUUGCAGCGAUUGCCAAGAAUUUGGAUACACUAAUCGGGCCCGGAGUGACACUUCUUUAUCCUUUAUAUGCAACAGUGAGAGCAAUAGAGAGCGCUUCUACACUAGACGAUCAGCAGUGGCUUACAUAUUGGGUGUUAUAUUCUUUGAUCACAUUAUUCGAGCUCUUCUGUUGGAAAGUCCUCGCUUGGAUUCCAAUAUGGCCAUAUAUGAAGCUAUUGUUCUGCAUCUGGCUGGUGUUGCCAAUAUUCAACGGGGCAGCCUAUGUUUAUGAGAAUAUUGUGAGAAAAUAUGUGAAGCCCGGGGACUAUAUCAAUUGGAGCUCAUCGUCAUCAUCAAAACACCCAGAGGGACAGAAGAAGGUUAUCCAAAUGUUGAGCCUCGAUGGAAGGAAGUCGGUAGAGCAUUUUAUCGAUCACCAUGGAUCAGAGGCUUUCGAGAGGGUCGUCAAAACGGCUGAAAGAGAAGCUAGGAAGCACUGAGAAGAUCCAAUUUAUAAGGAAAGACAUGCAGCGUAUCUCAGAUGAAUAUGAGCCAGUCUUAUGUCUUUAUGUAUAUGCAAGUUCUUUGUUUCUGUAAAAGAUUGAACUAAUAGAAUUCUUCUCUCUUUGUAGAAUAUGUAGUAGAAACUAACAUCGAUCAAUGUACAU